AUGCCUGCGCCGCUUCCUCGUUCACCGAGGCGGCUGGCGAAGCAGCAACGGCCGAGCCGGGAGCGCCCCCCAGGGAGCGGCCCGGGCACCGAGGGAUCACUUACCCCUUUACUCGGGCGGUCCUGGUCAGGAAGCGCGGGACGGCUCGGCACUCCGAGGCUGAGAGCGCUGCCCCAACAAGCGAGCGGCGCUCAAGCGGAGUUGCCUCCGCCUCGGGACCGCCCCACUCGCUCGCCCCUCCCCCCAGCUUUUCCUUCCCGGGCGCGCUCACCUGCCGCUGGGGCUGCCCGCCGCGGAGGGCAGAAAGCGAGGCCGGGAGUGGGGGCGCGCGGAGAGGCGCGGAUUCCCGGCUUCACGGGCCGGUCCAAACGGGGACAAAAAGAAACCGGCGCGUUGAGGCUGUUACGCCUGCUUUCACUUUUUCCUCCUGCUGUUCCUGUGCCUCACUCCCUGUUUCUCCUGGUCUCAGCGAGGGGCUGUCCCAGGCGAGAACAACCAGAAAGGAGCUCGUUUGCACAAGCCUCACCCAGCCACUUCGGGCCUCGGGCUGGGUGUCUGCCCUGCCUACUGAGGGGAGUGGCGAGCGCAGCUCUGUGCGCCUUACCUGAACCAGCAGCGUUCUUGGCUCUCGCCCUAAAUUGUUGUUGUUGUGAAAGGCAAGCUCGCUUCCCUUUUGCCCCCACCUUCCCUCUCUCUGCCGGAGCGCGAGUGGGCUCUUUGCUGCUGGAAACUCGGCGGCGGACUUCGCAUUCGUUUACUUUGGCGCAGGCUCUGCCUGGAGCCACCGGGGACCUAACUUUGAAUCGCUCCAGUGUUCGGAGAGUUCGGUUGCUGAUCCGGAGCCCACUGCCUAUCAUGUAGCAAUGCUGUUUUCUUAUUGCGUUUCCUGGUUACUUGCCAAUAUACAAUAUCAUAUUUUACACGGUAUGAUACUGUAUUUUUGAAUUGAUAUUAUGUAUGUAUAGAAUUGUUUUUAUAUAUUUAUUUAGUUAUGCUGCAAUUUUGAAAGCAACAAACAGAACUUCCCCCAAGCUUUGUAUUUGUGUGUGUGUAUAUAUGUAUUUUGCCAUAAUAUAUAUAUAUAUAUAUAUAGCCAUAGUCUGUAGCAUGUGGCUUGGCUGGCUUGCAAGAAUAAUCUGGGACUCUUGGUCUCUGUAAGUACCUUUCUGUGCUACUGCACAGUGUAUCUUUUCUCUGCUUGUGGAAUCUAGAACUGGCUGAAGUCUAUAUGCUGCCUUAGGUGAAAGACAAGAUGGCACCUUCCCCAUUCCAUGUACAGAAAUUGGAUACAGAAAUUGGUUAACAAAGAUGACACAUUCCUGGACAUUACUACUUUAACAGAAACUUUGGUACCAUUGAUAGGAAUAACAUGGAAAGAAUAGGGAUAGGUUCCUACACCUGCUCAUAGAGGGUGGGGGCAGCUUCAACAGGGGCUUUAAAGGGUGCCUCCCCCUCCCCCUCCCAAUCAUACUGGAAAGUUCCCUCCCCAGCCCUGGGAGAAAGCAAGUGAUCUCUUUAAUGCAAAGCAAACACACAGGCUUGUCAGUUUCAUCCUAGCAAUGCAGAGGCAAAAGCUUGUCAGUUGAUAACAAAGCAAAGACACAUCCUGGUCAGUUUCACCUUAAAGAAAAGAGACAGGCUUGAAAGUUUAUUUAUAGCAUAGCAAAGCAAAGCUAGUCAGUUUCCACUUUAAAAAAGCCUUCUUUAGAAGGAGCUUUGUUCCUGGAGGAUUCCUUAACUGAGAUAUUACUGCAGUACUGGCAAUGGGCCAGUGUUCUUUGCGACACCUGAUGGCAGUAGGCUAGUUUAGAAGGGGAAAAGGCAGGCUAUGUGGUGCACAGUUCUGUCCUCCAGCACCUUGCCACUGGCUCCCUGCCCCUCAGCAUCUGUUGCUGUGAUUGCUAUCUUACUUUGUUGGUCCCAUCUAGGAUUCUAUUAAGAAUAUAAAUCCAUCGUGAACAUAACAUAUAUGUGCAAAAGGAAUGAGUCCAGUGGGAUCCACAGGAGCAGACCUCCACUUGUCCAUGACUAUUAGGGAUUUGAAUUCCUGUUGAGCUUCAGACCUCUUUCCUCAGUCCCUGACUUUCCACCUCCUUCCUGCUGGCACAGCCUGAGUUUGGCUGCCUGACAGCUCCCUCCUUUCCUAGCACAUGAAGAGAGAGGGUAUGAGGCAUUAGGUUGUGCAGUCCAGGAUUCCCUCUGUCAGCAUGGGGUGUGUGUGAUGUUCCUAUAUUAAUGUAUAUAUGGUAAGUGUUGUUUUAGAAGAUACAUGGUAAGUGGAGUGAAAGAGGAGGGGGAGUGAAUGGGCAGUAGAAUGCAAGAUGAUUGGCUGAGUGUUUAAAAUGGCUGAAUGUAUAAAAGGAAGAGUGAGAGUGGAAUCGGGGGGGGGAGAAGAGAACUGAGUGGGUUGCUUGGU